CAUGCUCAAAUCACACUCUCCUUUCUAGUUUCUACCCUUUACUCUCCUUUCCUAUUCCUAACUUCAUUUUUUCCCUUUUGAUCAAAAAAUUUCCUAACUUUUUCCAUUUCCUAAUAACUUAUUAUACUUCUCAAUUUUUGCUUAUUAUUGCAAGCUUCUCCUCUGCAUCUUGAUAUCAAGUAUCACCUGAAUCUGUCUCUGAUGGACAAGGAAGGUGCUGAACUUCAAACUGUUACAGUUUCAAUGAUGUCAGAUUCUUCUCUUCAUAAUCAGUCGAGAAGACCUAGUCUCUCAUCCCUACAAAUACCAACAAGGACACUAGAAAGUGCAUUAUCUUCUUCUACUAAGACAGAUGGUCCUACAUUGUCAAGUCCAGGUUCCACUAGAGGACUGCCACCAAGGCCACAUUCUACUACCAAAGUGAAGUCCUCUAUGAGAAAUUUACUUUCUGAUAGGAGCUUUAGGACAAAAACCAUUUCACAAGAUAGCGAAAAGACAGUUUUGAUUGUUCCUGAUACUUUAUCAUCAUCGGAUAAUGGUCCUCUAGAUAAUAAGCCUUCAACUUCAAGGUCCCUUUCACUUAAUAAGAUUUUGUUCCCUUCAUCAACAAAAGCUGCACAUUCGUUACCAGUUACUCCAAUUGCAAAUUCAGGCGCAGAGAAUCUACAUGGAAGAAAUGUAGGGGGUGAUUCCGAGUUAAAUAAAAUGAAAGUGAAUAAGCAUAUGACUCGAUCAUUUUCGGUUCCGGUUAAUGUCAAGGCUACUAAUAAUUUAAGGCCUACAGAUUCUAGGCGUCUGGUUCGUGUAAUUUCAGUAAGACCACAUCCAGCAACUACUGAUGACAAUUCAACUCUCAGUGAUUCAAUGCAAGAGAUUGUCAUUGAAGAUGCUUCUGAGGAUAUUCCAGAAGAAGAAGCAGUUUGUAGGAUUUGUUUGGUGGAGCUUGCGGAAGGAGGAGAUACUCUUAGGAUGGACUGCAGUUGUAAAGGUGAGCUUGCACUUGCUCACCAAGACUGUGCAGUAAAGUGGUUUAGUAUCAAAGGAAAUAAGACAUGUGACGUCUGCAAACAGGAUGUCCGGAACCUUUCAGUAACACUCUUGAAAAUUUCUAGCCCUCCAACUGUUGUUCGGCAGACAUUGACUGCAUCACAGCAGAGAGCAGUGACUAAUUACAGGAUCUGGCAGGAUGUACCAGUACUUGUGUUGGUCAGCAUGCUUGCAUACUUUUGCUUUCUGGAGGAACUACUGGUUUCGGAUUUGGGCUCACGUGCUCUCGCAAUUUCAUUGCCUUUCUCCUGCAUUUUAGGCCUCCUUUCUUCUAUGAUUGCUUCAACCAUGGUGAGCAGGAGUUACAUAUGGGCUUAUGCUUGCUUCCAGUUUGCAUUUGUCAUCCUGUUUGCUCAUAUAUUCUAUUCUAUACUUAAUGUUAGUGCGCUUUUCUCGGUUCUUCUUGCAACAUUCACUGGAUUUGGAAUUUCAAUCAGCAUGAAUUCUCUACUAACGGAAUAUAUUAGAUGGAAAACAAACAGGCAGAUUCAAUCUGCUAAUCAAAAUAUUAUUUCGAGACAACUGCAGCAGCAGCAACAGCAGCAAGAAACUCAAAGACAACAACAUCAACUGCAAAGGAUGCAGCAAGAACAGCACCAAUGACAGUAGUUGAUACACAAGUGGUUGAGACCAGAUUAAGUUUUGUUGUUUCUUUUUAUUUAUUUUACUCAAUUUUCUAUGCUACUAAAUAUUGGCAUUUACUAUGUAAACUGAAGACAUAUAGUCUAGGAAUGUUUUGUUAAAUAUGAAUAUAUUUAAAGAGUGUAAGGUUUCAAUGUGCUUAUAAUAUCUGACUCUCAUUUUAAAUCAUUAAAUUUUUGCAUCAAGAUUUAAUAAUAUAGUUACAAUUUAAAAA